AUGUCCGAGGAGAUUCCUCUACAAGAACAGCAGUCUCAGCCAGCCUCAGAUGUAAAAGAUUUGAAUGGCAACGAUGAACAAGCAACCUCCUUUAACGUGGAAGAGGCAGAUGCAGUGAAGAAAAGAAUGGAAGAGAUGGAGAAAGAAGCAGCUAAAUUAAGGGAAUUACAUUCCCAAUUGAGUAAAGAAGGAAGCGCAUCUGAUGAAGAAAAGAAAGAUGUUGAUUCAAGAUCAAUAUAUAUUGGGAAUGUGGACUAUGCUUCAACUCCGUUAGAACUCCAACAACACUUCUCCAGUGCUGGUGUUGUGAACAGAGUGACCAUAUUGAUGAAUAAAUUCACCGGUCAACCAAAAGGCUUUGCAUAUCUCGAGUUUUCUGAUAUUGAUGGCGUGAAUAAGGCUGUUGCUACUCUAGAUGGGUCGACGUUUAGAGAUAGAGAACUAAAAGUUAGCGCUAAAAGAACUAAUUUACCUGGCAUGAGUAAUAGUAGGGGGAGAUUCAUGGGUGGACGUGGACGAGGGUCCUUCAGAGGAGGCUUUAGAGGACGAGGAAGAGGAAGAGGAGCUUUUAGGGGUGGAAGUCGAUUUACUCCCUAUUAA